UGCCCCUGGUGCACACCCUCGCCCUCGCUCCUGUGGUCGAUGGGGAUUUCCUCCCAGACACGCCAGAGAAGCUCUUUGCCAACGCUGCUGACAUCGACUACCUGGCCGGGGUCAAUGACAUGGACGGGCACUUCUUUGCUGGCGUGGAUUUACCCGCCAUCAACGGCCCGCUGUGGAAAGUCACUGAGGACCAGGUGUACAAUUUGAUCAAAGGCCUCACCGUGGACAGGGGUGAGGCUGGAGCCAACGCCACCUACAACAUCUACACACAGAGCUGGGGUGACAAACCCAAGCAGGAGGUCAUGAAGAAGACAGUGGUGGAGCUGAUCACUGACUACAUCUUCCUGAUUCCCACACAGGUGGCACUGGACCUGCACCUGCAGAAUGCCAAGAGUGGCAAGACCUACAGCUACUUGUUCUCCCAGCCGUCCCGCAUGCCCAUCUACCCCAGCUGGGUUGGGGCAGACCAUGCUGAUGACCUGCAGUACGUGUUUGGGAAGCCCUUUGCCACCCCGCUGGGCUACCUGCCCAAGCACAGGACUGUCUCAAAGGCCAUGAUUGCUUACUGGACCAAUUUUGCCAGGACUGGUGAUCCCAACAAAGGGCAUUCGGAUGUGCCUGUUUCCUGGCCAGCCUACACCAACGAGGGCAGGUACUACCUGGAUAUCAACAACAAGUUGAACAAGAACUCUGUGAAGCAGGACCUGAGAUCCCGCUUUGUGACCUUCUGGAACUCAGUCUAUCUGAAUCUGCCACAGGUUGCCAACAUCUCCCAGUCAGAGUUAAUGUUCUGA